CCACCACUUUCGUGUAUUCUCUAGUUUGAGCUGUCAAACCCUUGACGUUGACAGACUAUCCACAAGCAAAUAAACAAACAAAUAUGUGCAGAAGCAGAAUGGACUAAUUUUCAUAUUUCAAACGUUUUCAUUGCUUCCGUUUGGAGCUUAGAAUAAUAUUUGUAAAUACUGUGAUACGACAAUUAGUGAUUUAUUUAUAGCAGGUUUUUUUAAUAUAAUUUACUGAAAAUGAGUGAUGAGGGUGAUGGUUUUGACCCCUGCGAAUGUGUUUGGGGCCACGAAUUGGCCAUGAGGCGACUUCUCAAUGUGUUGAGAAACUCGCAAGCUCUGUGUACAGAUAGUGAAUGCUAUGUAGAUGAUGCCACCCCACGUCAGUCGUCACAGCCGGAUCAAGUUUUACUUAUGAGCAUUAUUUUCAUUACUGCUUUAUUGUUGUAUUAUUUUCGUCCAAGGUCGGAAACUUCAUCAAAACCCAGUACUAGUGGAAAUAACCCUCGCAAUCCGCCCCCAGCUACCAAUUAAAGUCGACUUUCAGUUUUGUUAAGUAUAAAUAAAUCUUCUAGGCAAUAAUGUGUAUGGUAUUUACUUGGUAUAAGGUUUACUUAAUAUGUUAUAAGGGAAUUUGCAAUUAAAAUUAAUAUAUUGAGAUCCACUUGAAUGAGCUUUUGAAUUAUUGACAUGACUCACUUUGCUAGUCUUUUCUGUGCAAUAACUAUGAUAUUAUUUUAAUGUAAAUAAAUGUUGUCUUUUGCUUUACAAUUUGUAAUUGUGGCCGGAAAACAAGCUUGUAUAAGUUACUGGUUUUUAUUCGGUUGCGAUUGCGAAAUUGUGGCUGGAAGAAAUCUGCCGUAAUAGUUUUAACACGUACACCUAAUUUAGAAGUUUAGAACAAUUCAAGUGGGGUAUAACAUGAGAAAUAUAUUAAGUUUAUCUGAGGUACAAUUUUCAAUGUCGAUAAGAUAACAAAAACUGAUUGACGGUGAUAAUUUAAUUGAAACUGUAAUAACUCGAAAGUUUCGUGACACUAUCGGAACUUUCGAGGCGAAUUAACUUUAAGUAUGUAAUGGGGCGCUAGUAACCGAUAUAAUUUUAAAGAGCACAUCGUGAAGAGACGGUAAUAUGUUUUCCACAUUUAAUUGUAUAGAAAAUCCUGUUAAUUGUUCUAGCGCCCUAAAAGUGUUGCUAUGUAUAAUAACAUAUCUAUUGUAUUUCUAACAGUUGUGGGCUUCUGUUCUUUUCAGUUCUUAGAAUGUUUGACUCUUUUAAAUCGUAGAUUGUUGUUCACGACAAAUUCCCAAGUUUUUAAAUACUAAGUGAUUUCAUUCUAAUAACAUUCCUUCUGCACAUAUUACAAUGUUAAUGAAGUCGCUCAAAUUGCUUGUUUAUUCACAUAUAUAAUUACUGUAAAUAUUGUUAGCCAAAGGGUAUUAUACAAACUAGGAAUUGCAAAAUAAAUAUAUUUUAAUAA